UACAUUUACUUUACCCCGCGGCCGCACGGGCGCAGGCCGCGCGCGAGGGGCGCUGGCUGCAUGGCUGCUCGGUCGCCAGAUGACGCCCGUGGCUGCUGGGCCGUCCUGCUCGUGUGGGCGCUCGGUGGCUGCGCCGUCCCCGGCGCGGCGCUGUCGCGAGCGCUGCCCGCGGUCGCCGAAGACGGACGCGAGGUCCCGAGCCCGGCCGCUGGCGACGGCUUCGGCGAGGGCCACCUGCGGGACGAGAUAGAGCUGAACCGGUGGUCGCAGAGAGUACAGUUCAUGCCAGAGUUCGAAGGGGCAUCGGAUGCGGGCUCGGACCACGAGGAGCACGCGGAGGGCAGCCUGAAGGACACCGCUUUCCACACGUUCCCUGCGGGGGCAUGGCAAGCCGACGUCCAGGCCAUGGAGCAGUUCCCGGCGGCGCUGAGAGCCAUCAGGGACAGGCCAGGCACUCCGACCAAGGCGGCCCUCCUCUACGUGCAGCUGGGCCCCUGGCCGCCGUACAUCAAGUACGUGGUGAAGAGCGCCGCGGCAAACGUUGGUACAACGUUUUAUUUCAUCGGCCCGAAAUUCGAGGAGCUGGACACCUGCGCGAACUGCGCGUGGCUGCCGUUCGACCUUCGCUUCGCGAAGACGCGUAUCCAGACGCUGCUGGGAGUGAACACCCAGGACAUGGCCCACCUGUACCCCGCGAAGCUGUGCGACCUCAAGCCCAUGUGGCCCACGCUCUUCCCUGAGCUCACCAGCAGGCACGAGUGGAUCGGCUUCGCGGACCACGACAUCAUCUUCGGGGACCUGGACGCCGAAAUCGACGCGGUGCGCGAGGACGCCGACCUGCUGGUGCCGAAGGGAUUCCACCCGCAGCCGCUGGCGAACGGCAAUCUCAUGCUGUUCCGCACCACGAAGAAAAUGAUACAGGCGUUCAAGGGCGCCGGCAACUGGGGCGCCGUCAUCCGGGACAAGCGCGUGCUGGUGCCCACAAGAUGGGCUGACCACGAAUAUCUCUCCGCCGCGAACUCUCCAGGGCGCAGCGUCUGCUGCGACUCCUACGGUGCCCGCCGCGCUGCGCUGGUUUCAGGCCGUGCCGCUCCGCACGGUCGGUCUGCCUCCAGGGGCGUUGCCGGCUUGCCCCUGGGCUACGGAGAAGCCUCCCUGUCGGGCCCGUCCAGCUCGCAGUCCGUGCCGCACACGAUGUCCCUCGCUGCUCGAUGGUGCAGGCACUCCGCUGACAAGGCCCCGAGCUCCGUCAAAGGGGCGGCUGCUCUCAUGGCCUGUCACAUCCGCUCGCUUCCUCACGAGGCAAUGGGCGCGAGGUGUGCUGUCGCCGCAGAUUUCGAUCACGAUGGCGACAUGGACUUGGUUUCUGCAUCGGCCGUUGACAACACUGUUGCUUGGUUCCGGAAUGACGGGAGCGGACAGUUCGGCGACCCAGAGCAGGUUACCUACAGCAGCAAUGGCGCCCGUAUCGUAACCGUUGGUGACAUUGAUUCCGAUGGUAAGAUCGAUAUCAUCGUGGCCAGCUACUAUGACCACACAGUGGGUUGGUUCAAAAACGAUGGAACUGGGAUGUUCGGCGAUAUUAACAUGCAGUGCAGCACUGCCAUGAACGCUCAGGGCGUCACUGUCGCAGACAUUGACGGCGACGGUGAUCUCGACGUGAUCUCCGCCUCCUCGGGCAACAACAUGAUCGCCUGGUACGAAAAUCUUGGCCAGGGGCGCUUCUGCGAGGUGAAGCACGUGGUAGACCACGUUGUCGGACAACGCCGUGGGUGCCCGCACGGUUGGUGUCGGUGA